UUUCCCACACGAAACUCUCUGGCCGUUGACGGUGCUAAUGUUCUGUUGUCGCUCUUGGUACAGCUCGAUGGUGGCCCGACGUGACGAGCUCGCUGGAUUGCAAUGGUGGUAAGGGCGAAAUGCUGAACAAGCGGCGGCGGGCUACGCCAGUGGGCGAGCUCAGCGCGCUCUUUGCUCUCUGGUCGGCCCGCUCGACGCGCUGCAGCGGCGGCUCGGUAGUGCCAGAGGCGGGUGAAUGUUCAACGCCCAUCUUGCCCACCCACUCUACGAUCAAUUCAUCCGCAAGCACAUCAUCGAUUGGAAUGUACAUCGAGCACUAUGCCGGCCGGCCUUCUGGCGAAUUUCCACGCCUUGUUCGCUCGCCCACUCGCCCACUCGCCUGCCAGCUCACACCUUGGCUUCUCAACCUGCACCCGCAGUAACGAUGUCGUCUGGGUCCAACGGCAACAGCAGUCGUCAGCCUGGUAUCCUCUCCCUUGUCCCGGCCAACGCCAAUACACAAUCCACCGCAGCUGGGACUCGGCCUCUUACUGCGGCUCGACCUCUCACUGCGGCUUCGCACACGGCGUCCUCUCGCGCAGCCACCUCACACGGCGUCGUAAGCCCACGCAGCGGCGGCGGCGGCGGCGGCGGCGGAGCACCACCUUCUCUACACGCCACCUCCCUCUCGCUCAGUUGCACAGGCACCAUGUCCAUCCUCUUCGGUUCUCUGCCCAGCAAUUGCGUCUUCUCCCUAGCCUGCCCACCUGUCGACUUUCGCUCGCUCCCACCCAUCGCCCUCCGCUACGUAGCGGACACAAGCCAACCUCUGACGCUCUGGCGCGUUCACCUCAACGUGUGCUGCCAGAUUUGGACUAUUCUUACAGAGCAAGCCCAAAUGCUCAGCGUCGACUUGCCCUCCAUCUAUCUACCGCAAGAUGGCGAGCCUUACGGGCGCCUCUCCCGCUUCAUCGACCUGCAAUGCCGGGAUGCUGCGGUGCAUGACCACUUGCGCAAGAUUCUGCCCGGCUUCACUUUGGCGGGCGUGAGCGACAGCGGGGACAUUCGCUACCGACUCCUCUACUCGUCUACGAUGCAGCCUACCAUGCUGCUGCUGCAUUGCCUCGGCUUACAAGGAGAGCAGUUCGACAAGGACAUCCUUGUGGCGGACCUGCAGCGAAUUGGAAGCAUCGUCGGUGAGACGCUGUGCGUCGUAAGCAACCACGCCGUAUGCCCCUCUCUCUGCGUGCAGCGUCCCAUCGGUAUGGUGACGGCGUAUAUCACUCUGACCAAGGCAAGCAUGGAGCAGCGCUUCGAAGACUUUCUGGCCCAACUACCGACUCAUUUGUGGCAUGGCGGGAGGGAGUAUCCGCUCGAGUACAAUGGGCGCUCUCUUGCCAGGCAGACGAGGCUGUGGAAGGAGGGGAGCGUGCACGUAGGCGAGGGAGCCAUGGCUGCAGGGGCCGAUGAGGAGAGAAAGGUGUUCGAAUUGCGGGAGCUGGUUUCGCGCGAGGUCAUCACGAUCGAUGAUGAGCCAGGUGAGGCGAGCGGUAGCGGUGUAGGCAACGGCAAUGGCAGCGGCCCUCGCGUGGAGCCCAGUACAGGUAAUGGUGACACGCACACCACCAGCCCGACGGUGAAACGCGCAGGCGAUCCUCACUUGGCCUCAGCCACUUCUCCCUCAACAUCCGCAAAGAGGAAGAAGGGGCAACUUUCACGCAACGCGUCACCCUCAACCUCGACGGGACAGGCUCAAGGGACUGCCUUUCGCUCUGCUGCACGGGAGUCUGCAACCUGAAGCGGGUACGCUGGCUCCAAGUCUGCGAGGCAUCGCCGCUAUCUCGCCUCACACUCUAUUACAGUAUCAUGUGCCUUCGCAUCGGUCCACUCAGCGAUACCCGCUUCCUCCCUUCAUCAAUCCUACCGCCCACCCUUGACCCUCUUCUCCCACUUUCUCACACCUCGCACCAUUCGCCGAAUCGCCGAGCUCGUAUCUCGCCACAAUUUCACCCUCGAGCGCCGAGCAAU